CUCUAAAGACUGAACCCCGCAUGCUUCCGCCCUGACCCACACCACAUCCACGGCCGGCGGAUCCUCAGCUCAGCUGCUCCGCCACGCCGCGCUCCACGGCCUCCAGGUUCUCCUGAUGGAGCCGUCGGAGACUAGCCCAGCCGUCACCACCAUCGACUCCCUCAAGGACGACAACAUCGAGGACGUCCUGCUGCGCCUCCCGUCGCCGGCCUCCCUCGCUCGAGCCGCGCUCGCCUCACGCCGCUGGCGCGGCAUCGCCUCAAGCUCCCCCUUCCUGCGCCGCUUUCGCGAGCUCCACCCCCGGUCACCCAUCCUCGGCCUCUUCGCCUCCCAGCCGGACCUCCAGCAGCUCCCCAUCUUCCACCCCGCGGCCGCCGCCCGCUCCGACCCGGACCUCGCAGCCGCCGCGCGUGGGGGCGACUUCCUGCUCACCCGCCUCGAGGACGACCCGGCGUGGCGCUUCCGGGACUGCCGCAACGGCCUCCUCCUCCUCCGCAGAGGCCACUCCCUUUCCCUCUACGACCCCGUCUCCCACCGGCAAGUCCGCGUGCCCCGUCCACCGAAGGACGAGCCCUUCCCUGCAGCUGGAGCAGCGGAGUACUUAUGGGACUGCUUGCUGGACGGCCAUGGAGAAUUCCGCGUGGUCACCGUGCAGCGAGACGGCCAAAGGUUGCGCGCCAUGGAGUACGCCUCCCGCACAGCCGAGUGGCGCAUCCACCCGUGGGCGGACGGCAUCCACAUGCCUGCGCAUGCGCAGAGCAUGCGACCGAUGCUCGCUGCCGCGGCCGGGCUCAUCUUUUCGAGAUAUGACCGGAACUCCUCGCUCCUGCUCGAUACAAGCACCAUGGCAUUCUCCUUCUCCAUCGUCCCUCUCCCAGUUACAAUAGCGACGCACACGAUGAUGCCGCCGGGAGCAUACGCCAUCGGAGACACCGAGGCCGGUGUGUGUUGCCUUUUGCUUAUGGUCGGCAGGACUACGCUGCAAGUCUGGCUACUCAAGAAGAAGGACGGCGGCGGCGGGCAUGCGUGGGAGUUGGAGAAGCAAAGCCAUAUAGGCUGGCUGGACAGCUUCAACCGGCGGUUUGGUGUCCAAAUGGUGGCUGCUGGGCUCGCAAUUGUUUACUGCAUGAGUUGCAAGUAUUCUCACUUUGUCAUUGAUCUCAAGGACCUGAGCCUCAAGGAUAAGUUCCGUUGUCAUCGAACCAUGGCGUACCCUUUCCAAAUGCCAUGGCCACCUGCUGCGUUGGUGCCUACUUCUCCGUGCGAACGGCCCACCACACCCCAAACAUAUGCAUGCCGAGAUGCUGAAAAUCAACACGAAGCACCUUCUUCUAGUAGGAAGCGCAAGAGCAAUGAUGAAAUGGAGCCAUGUAUUUCCCCAGCUUCUUUGAAGAAUGAAUUCAUCAGAUAAGAAAUUGUGCUAUGAGAUUGGACCGCCGACUUGAAUAUAAAGAAGGCGAUCAACAAUUGCACCUUUAAACCCCUUCACUACUGGGUGUUGAGAUACAACUGAUUGAGUUGGGAGGGAGCUCCAAAUCUGCCUAGCCCUCGUUUUGAUGACCACAACAAAGACCAGCUGUUAUUUCUUGAUCUCCCGUUUCUGUUUGGUUUUUAUAUUUCUGAAUUAUUGUAAUGCAUUAGUCUGUAAGAUGGCUUGUAGUUCUAAAGAUUAUAUUGGGGUGUUAUCAGAUUCGUAAGAACGUUAUAAACUGUUAUUGUGGGUCAUGUAGUUGUAAGUUAUAUCAGGAAUUCAAUGUUCUCGUAACCUCCUCGGC